AUGCUAGACAAAGUGACGAUGACUUCACGCGGAGCAAGGGGCAAUUUUAGUCAUAUUUAUAAGAAUUUAAUCACAUUUAUAUUAAUAUGUUUACCUUGCAAGUUGUGCCAAGCAGAGAAGAUGUAUGUAGACGUGAAGACUUUGGAUCUACUUGUUGAUGAGACGCGCCUCUUCAAGUUCAUACAGAUCGGUGAAUACAAUGAGACCCUCUCAGUGACAGCCCAAAUACAACACCCAGAUAUAGUACAAUUUGUGCCUUCGACGAUUAAUAUUCCGGCAGUGGAACAGCCGAAUACAACAGCGGAAUUGGCUUACGAUAUAUGUGCGUAUGGAAGGAGUCCUGGCCAUUCAGAGGUUACAUUCUCGGCGUUGCCUACUGAUGUGGUUAAUUUGGAUUCACUAUUCAUGAGAAUAACAGUGAUGCAUUCGAACGCGAUUUACGUGAUUUCCUAUAUAAUGGGAUGGAUAUACUUCGUGGCGUGGUCCGUGUCGUUCUACCCUCAAAUAUACAUAAAUUUCAAAAGGAAGAGUGUGGUCGGACUCAAUUUCGAUUUCUUGGCGUUAAAUGUGAUGGGAUUCACUAUGUAUUCGCUUUUCAACUGUGGACUGUUCUUUUCAAAGGAAAUUCAGGCGGAAUACUUCAGUCGUCAUCCCCGCGGUUUAAAUCCUGUACAAUUGAAUGAUGUCUUCUUUUCGCUACACGCUGUAUUUGCCACUAUCAUUACUAUUAUACAGUGCGCUAUAUAUGAGCGCGAAGACCAACGUGUAUCGAUGACAGGGCGUGGCAUAUUGACAGUGUUUGGGGGCGUGGUCAUAGUAACGGCGGGUCUUGCUGGCGCCAGUAUCUUGGAGUGGCUCGACUUUUUGUACUACUGCAGUUAUAUUAAACUGAGUAUUACUCUCAUCAAAUAUAUACCGCAGGCAUACAUGAACUACAAGCGUAAAUCCACAGUGGGCUGGAGUAUUGGGAAUAUCUUUUUGGACUUCGUCGGAGGGUUCCUUUCAAUUCUUCAAAUGACAUUGAACGCGUACAAUUACAACGAUUGGGUUUCGUUCUUCGGCGACGCGACUAAGUUCGGCCUCGGCCUAUUCAGUUUGGUCUUCGACAUAUUCUUCAUAUUGCAGCACUAUGUGUUUUACAGAGAGCACAGUGAUUAUAUUAACGUGAAAAUUGAAGAUGAAUUGACUUAUUUGAUGGACAAUCGUUACUACAGUGGAGAUGAAGCAUUUUUGGUUAACUUUUGGAACGGUGACGAAAAGAAGUACAACAUGGACGUCAAGGUGUAA